AUGGAAAACAACAAUGAUACCACAGAGUCUCAAAGCGGGGACGAAUUGAGUUCGACAAUGUCUGCGAACGUAACGAUUUUAGUCGAUGGAGAAGAGCCACGCGAACAGGAAAAUGGACAUCUUUCGCGCAAGGAAGGAUCGUUCCGUCGUAAUUCGGUUGCUCCCAAUCGUCGUUCGCGUUCCAGUCCUGCCAUAGAGAUGGAGGAAGCAGCAAAUGCCGUUGUUCAAAGGGGAAGCAGAAGAAGCCAUGGGCCAAAAGAACAUGAACCGGGUUUGCGUUCGAUGUUGUAUGGAUUGGAAGCCAAAUUGGAGAAAGAAGAGGCACAAAUGAAGAAACGGCAAAAGAAAAUGCAUAUUCAAGAAGAGAAGGCAAUGCAAGCCGUACCGACGGCACCCAUUGAUGCUUCGAAAUUUGUCGCUUAUGUAACGGAACGACGGAAAAAACGAAUACUCUUCAAAGGGGAGUACCUUAUGAUAAACAGAUCGAUAGACACUAACAAAUGUCGGAGUGAUGUGGGAAGCACGUUGAGCGACAGAAAUCCCUAUCCCGACACCCUACCCUAUGACUACAACCGCGUCAUUCUACCUCGACUACCUUGCGAUGAGAACUCUCACUACAUCAAUGCCAGCUACGUGAAUAGUUGGUUGCGGGAAAAAGCGUACGUAGUGACGCAAGCGGUUCGCACAAAACCGAUGAAUGUCGAGUUCUGGCGAAUGGUCUGGGAACUCGGCUCGAAUUGCAUUGUUAUGCUCACUAAGGUGUUCGAUUUCAUGCGGGUUAUGUGCCUUCAAUAUUGGCCAUUGACGCGGUUUAUGUUCGGGGAUAUUGAGGUGGAGACGGUCGACACCCAUACCUAUGCCCAUUUCGUUAUCCGUACAUUCCGAUUGACGCGAAAGACGAGUGAAGGCACGAGGACGCGGAUGGUGAAGCAUUUUCACUUCACCGAGUGGGAGUUGGACUCCUUUCCCUACAUCUCAGCCUUCAUCGAGCUGCGUCGAAGAGUGCGACAAUACGUGGAGAAGAACAACGUCGACGCCCCUAUCAUCGUCCACUGCAGUAAUGGAGCCGGACGAAGUGGAGCAUUUUUGGCGCUGGACGCCAAUUUGGAGCUGAUGAAGAAGACCGGACAACUGGAUGUGUUCGAAUAUGCGAAGACUCUAGUCAAUUCUCGACCUCAUCUGAUCGACUCGGUCGAUCAGUACCAGUUCAUCUAUGAGGCGUUAGCUGAGGCAGUGAUGUGCAACGUGCAACCGAUUCAAAUGCAUCAGUUGAAGGAUCGAAGUAGCAUGUAUAAAGCGAAAAAGAACCGAGAAUUGAUGGAAAGUCAGGAUAGUCAUGAAAAUAAGCUGCUACUGCAAUUGACACAACCUCUUCGUAUUGGCGAUUGUGCAGGCGGUCAUCGUUUGGAGAAUAGAGGAAAAAAUCGAGAUGUUAUGGUUGUACCACCCGAUCAUGCGCGGCCCUACUUGCAAACACUGCACGGUGAAAGCAAAGAUUAUACCUAUAUCAAUGCAGUAGAGGUGGAUGGUUUCACCAGAAAGGCGGAAUUCAUAGUGACAGAAUGGCCAAAACACAGCACGAUCGAUUCAUUUUGGACGUUGAUAUACGAUCAUUCCUGUCAUACAGUAGUGAAUCUAAGUAAUCAGGGAAAUCCACGGCAAUAUCCUACAUUUAUUCACAAUAAAGGAAAAGCCAGCUAUGGUCCGUUCAUUGUCGAAGUUCUCAAUUAUCAUCAAUACCCAGCAAUGACCUCGCACAUGGUGAAGGUGAUGAAGAGGACUUUCAUGAUCUCCGAUAUUAUGACGAGUGGAAACAGCAACCAGCAGAUAGAUACUGAAGUUCGGAUCUGCUGCGUCAUACAGGUGAGAAUGUGGCCCAUCGAGAAUAAGGUGCCAUUGUCAACGACGGGAUUGAUGGACGUGAUCAAAAUGGCCAGGAGUUGGAGGCGGAGAGCCCCAGAUCGACCCGAAACAAAACCGACAAUUGUCAUGUCUCAUAAUGGCGUAUCCCGAGUCGGUGUAUAUAUCGGAGCCAACAUAUGCAUAGACCAAAUGGACACGGACCAUGAGGUGGACGUUUUUCAUGCCGUAAAAAUGAUGCGGAUAAACCGGCCGCAGCUGAUUGACAUGAAAGACGAAUAUAAGUAUCUAUAUGACCUGAUGCUGCAUUGGUACAUGACAAAUCCCGAGUAUCGAAUCUAUGAUAAGGACGACUCAGGCGAAGAGGACGGCGGUACCAAUACCAAACCCUCCUCAGCCCGGCAAUCGCUCCGAGAUAAGGAUCGACAGCAACUAGCACUCGCUAAAAGCUGA